UUAUAACCAAACUGUUUUAAAUACUAAAAUGCAACACUGUAAGAAGAGUUUGUGUUUUUGAUGAUUUCCUCGACUUCUUCUUUCAAUUUUUAUACAAUAACUGAAAUGGAACUUAGCUGAGACUUAUUAGAUAUCGUUGAAGUAAUUAAAGAUGAAUGUGUACACAAUGCCCGGCGUGUCCGAAAUGGGCAUGGUUUGGAUGGGAGCAAACGCUGUGGGACAGGAUAUAUCGAUGGGGCUACUUCCUAACGACUCAAGUGAUAUAAUAUUGGACCACGACAAUCCGUACUUUACACCAACUCACAACAGCACUUCCAAUCAUUCUUUAGAAGAACUGGGCAACGUUCACGGAUCGCCACUUACGAUGGAAAGCAUGGAACUAUUACGCUAUGCAGAUAUGAAGCAGGAUAGUAGUGAUGGUAGUUAUAUGGACGACGAUAAUUCUCCGGUUUAUAUGAUCAACACUGCUACACAAACGACAUCGUGCCCGAACCGUAAAAUAAAACCUAUUAAGCAUCCCGGUUUAGUAUUAAAAACUCCCAUCGCGUAUGAAAGCAAUACAGACCCUUCGGUUAUACCCAUACAAAAGGACGGAAUUGCUGUAUGUGAAAAAUGUGGAGCAAUAGGUGUAAAACACGCUUUUUAUACUCGCGAACGUAGAUUCUGUAGUAUGGACUGUGCGAGAAGUUUUAGUAAUUACGAAUCAUUUAACAAUUCGACGCAAGCGUUACCACCAACUGCGCUACAGUUACCUCAGGAUUACAAGAAUUUCGCCGAUCACAAAUUCAAAAUGGAGAUAGAAGAAGAUUAUACGGGUCUGAUAGCCGAUCAACCUUUCCCACAGCUUCCCCCACCUCCGACGUUAACCGACGAUAAUGUGAUGCUAAGUCGUCGUCACACGAACGAAAUUGCCAAUUCUUAUGACUGGGAUGCGUGCUUGAACGACACAUACUUUGUAGCGGCUCCCGUAACGUGCUUUAAGCAUGCACCAAUAGUGGAUAUAUGGAGCAAUAUUCUGGUCGGUAUGAAGGUGGAAGUGGAAAAUACAGAUUGCGACAACGCCUCCGAAACGUUCCCGGAUUCGUUUUGGGUCGCCACCGUUACCAAGAUCAUCGGUUACAAAGCGUUACUAAGAUACGAAGGUUUCGGACUGAACGAGACUAAGGACUUUUGGGUUUCGUUAUGUUCGAAUCAGGUUCAUCCGGUAGGCUGGUGUGCCACCAGAGGCAAACCGUUAAUACCUCCGAAAACCAUCGAGGAUAAGUAUAGCGAUUGGAAGGAUUUCUUGUGUAAGCGAUUAACAGGGGCUCGAACUUUACCUUCCAAUUUCGCCAGCAAGGUGACGGACAGCAUGAAAUCGCGUUUUCAAUGUGGCCUUACUCUCGAAGUCGUCGAUAAAAAUCGAAUUUCCCAAGUGAAAGUUGCGGUCGUGCACAAAAUAAUUGGGAGACGUUUAAACGUCAAAUACUACGACAUGCCUCCCGAGGAUUCUGGUUUUUGGUGCCACGAGGACUCGCCGCUAUUACAUCCGGUCGGUUGGGCCAAAAAAGUGGGGCAUCAUCUCGUCGCGCCCUCACAGUAUGUGGAUAGGGUAAGAAGUGGUAUUUCGGAGGAUAAUGAUGCUUCGGAGGAGUUGUUUACGCCUGUCCAAAUCGGUUCGAAUGAUAAUACUUUAACAUCCGGCUUUCGUAUUGGGAUGAAAUUAGAGGCGAUUGAUCCUUUAAAUUUGUCAUCGAUUUGUGUCGCUACGGUCAUGGAGGUUUUAAAUUGUGGCUAUAUCAUGAUUCGGAUAGAUACGUAUGAUGCAGAUGCUACAGCUGGGUUAUUCUUGAAAGGUGGCGACUGGUUCUGCUACCAUGUGAGUUCGCCUUAUAUAUUCCCAGUUGGAUUCUGUGAGCAGCAUAGUCUCGCGUUAGUUCCGCCGAAAGAAUUCACGUUACAGACAUUUAAUUGGAAGAAUUACCUUAGCGAGACCGGGAACGUUGCCGUAAGUGCCAGUUUGUUUAACACGUUCGUUCCCGCGCACGGUUUCGAGGAAGGUAUGAAAAUGGAGGCGACCGAUUUAAUGGAUCCGAGGCUCGUCUGUGUGGCGACCGUUGCCAAAAUGGCGGGUAGACUGUUACGCGUUCACUUCGACGGUUGGGAAGAGGAGUACGAUCAGUGGUUGGAUUGCGAAAGUUCCGACAUUUAUCCCGUGGGAUGGUGUCACAGUGUCGGCUACAAGUUGGAAGGCCCUCGAGUCGUUCCGAAGCAUACCGCGCCCGUCGUGAAGUCGCCGAAGAUUCCUAAAAAAAGAGGACGGAAAAAAAAGGCUAAGGUAGAAGCUCCAAAAAUGCCGGCGCCUCGAGUAAUAAAGGUGGAAUCCGUCAGUAUUCCCAAACCAGAAAUAAAGGAAGAGAAAGUCGAAACGCCGGAAAAUGUUCUCCAAGAACCGGAAGCGGGGUUGGAACCAUCCGGGCCGGAGCAAAGCAUGCCUAUCGCUUCUGAUCCGCAACCACCUUUAGAAAGGAAGGCUACCUCAUACAUUAAUUCCCACGAAGUGAACAGUGGAAAGGCGAUUCCACGUCUGAUCGAUAACACAGGUGGAUGUUGUGAUCCUAGCGAACUCUGUCCGGAGGAUUGGAAUGUCUUCGACGUCGCUCAAUUUCUUCGAGUUAACGAUUGCGCAAAUUAUUGCGACACUUUUAGUAAACACAAAAUUGACGGAAAAACGUUACUGGCGCUUAACAAAGACGAUAUAGUGGAAUUCACGGGCGGCAAAUUGGGUCCAUCGGUCAAAAUCUACGAUCUUAUACAACAACUAAGGGUAAAAGUUAGUCCGGCGCAGGUGCGCCAAAUGAAGGCGACUGUAAAAAAGAUUUUAUAGUGUUUGUGUUUAUUGAAAUUAUUGACACUAACGCUGGCUCUAACUUGUAAUCACUUUUCCUUUGACCUACGUGCGCACGUUACAUUUCUUUUACCUUCACAUUGUCCCUUUUUUCACCACUGAUUUAUUUAAUAAUAAAUAUAUUUGUAUUUGUUGUUUCUUAUUGA